GGCUGCUCCUGAACAUUAUUUAUUUAUUUAUUUCCUCUUCCUCCCUCUGAGACCCUCCCGUCAAGAGAGCUGCGGCCCGGGACAGAGACAGACAGGAACCACAGGGACACAGAAGGCAGAGAGAGCGGAGAGGAGGACCCCUCAGAAGCCCCCACUCGGCUCAUCAAGCUCAACAAGCCUGGCAGGGGCCAUGAGCACCAGGCAGGAGGCCAGGAGAGAGGGGGGAGACUCCAGCAGGAGGGGACAAGAGGCAGAGCUUCGGGAUCGAGCCCACCUGAGCCAGCAGCGCAGGCUCAAACAGGCCACCCAGUUCCUGCACAAGGACUCUGCUGACCUGCUGCCCCUGGACAGCCUCAAGAGGCUGGGCACCUCCAAGGACUUGCAGCCACACAGUGUGAUCCAAAGACGCCUGGUAGAGAGAAACCAGAGCUGGAGCCAGGGGGAGUCUCCCCUGGGGCAGGCCCUGAUUCAUGGCCAGGAGAACAGGAGGAAGACUAGCACACCAGAGAUUCCAGCUCUUCUGGUCAAUUGCAAGUGCCAGGACCAGGUGCUUAGGGUGGCCGUGGACACAGGUACCCACUACAACCAGAUCUCCACUGGAUGCCUCACCCGCCUGGGGUUAGGGAAGAGGGUCCUAAAAGCCUCAGGGGGGGACCUGGCCCCUGUAACCCCAACCCAAGUGGAGCAGCUGGAGCUGCAGCUAGGCCAGCAGACUGUGGCGUGCUCGGCCCAGGUAGUGGAUGCUGAGAGUCCUGAAUUCUGUCUUGGACUGCAGACUUUGCUUUCUCUCAAGUGCUGUAUCGACCUGGAGCGCGGAGUGCUGAGGCUGAAAGCCCCCUUCCCAGAGCUGCCCUUCCUGCCUUUGUACCAAGAGCCUGGCCAGUGACUGCUGUCCCAGUCAGUCCUCAGGAGGAAGCACUGUGACUUAAGGGAACAGCCAUGUGGGGAAUGGGGACAUUACUACAGCUAGGUAGCUGGGGACUACUUUGUCUGUGCCUUUGUCACUGCCCUGACCCUGAUAUUCCAUUACCCUCGGUCAGCCACGUUCUUCCCUGCUUCUCAGCAACUUCCCUAUCCCCCAGUUUUUCCAGAGAUGGUCCAGAAGCUCAGGGCUCUGCUUUCCCUGUUUUCUCUCAUUGCCUUCCCAAGAAGAGUAGAGCCAAAUCAGGACUGCAGAAAAUGACAUAAGCAAAAUGGGGUUCCAGGCUGGGCCCCUGGAAUGGUAGAAACCGGCUGAGUCAAGGGCUGCAGGCUACCGUUGUCCUCCACCUGUGCUCCAGCUCCUGCCAAAGCCUCUCCAUUGCCUUCACUCCCACGCCUCUCACUCCACCUCUGGGCUCACUAUCUUUCACAACUAGACCCGCACCUCACCAACUGGUUCCCCGGCCCAGCUGGUGCCUACCUUUCCGAUUCUGCACACGUGUGCCCACAGUUCAGUGGGGAAAGAAGCACUGAACAGAGUAAUUCAAUACAGUAGGAAGGUGGUUUGGUAGAGGAAUGCCAGCUCACAAGAUUAGCUCUGUUACCUUUUCUGAGCUUGCCAAUGUCUGAAGCCAGUUACUACUUGAUUACCCAGUGCAAGCCCUUGGAUACACCUCUAAUAUUUGCCCCAGAUAUUCAUCCUCCUCCACUUGCUUUUUCAUCCACUGGGCCCCUGAACUUUAGGGUAUGUGUGCAAGAGCCCUAGAGAGAGCUGGUCCCAAAGGUGGAUGGGAUAGUAAAGUUGUCAGUACUCAGACUUUACCUAACCCGUAUUCCUCCUUAUUUCUAGAACUAUCCACCCCAUUAGAUCUUCUUCCUACCCCUCAUCUCUGGCUUCUAUAGGUGGAGUUUGUCUUGUUUUGGAAUCAAUGGCUUUCUAUCCCCUACCAGGUUCUAAGCCAUGGCAAAGAGACAAGGGGGCUCUUCUGACUUCACUGUGAAGAGAGGAACUCAAAUCGUAAGACGCCAGACCCCUGAGAGUCUUUCUGGCUGGUUUGAGCCUCUCGAAUCAUGGACGCGGGCUAGAGGAAGAAAGUGGUGUAACUAACCUGAACUAGGAAACUAGGACCUUGAGCUGGAAACAAAAUAUUGAGCAUGGGGUAGAUUAGAGAAGAACCAGCACCUAAGAAGCUGCCCUGUGACACUUGGGCCUUACCUUUCUCAGCCAAGUCUCCUGCCCUCACAAGGAAAGGAGAGGGACUCACAGCCACGUGUCAUAGAUAGUGCCCUGGUCCUUCACUGCCUUGCUCCAUGACCUCUGCCUUCCUGGUCUCACCCAGUUCCUUUCCCUUCUGCCUCCUGCUGCUUCUGUAGUUGCAGACCUCAGGCUCCCAGGCCCUAUGGCAGGCUCUCAGCUCAGCUACUCCCCCACUUGAAUAAACAUCUGUUCCUCUAUGGUAAUGUGCUUCUUUGGUCUUCCCUGGUGCCUGUCAGAGGCUGAAUGAUCUCUGCCCUAUUCCCUUCAAAAAGGAAAUGUGAAUGUGGACCCUUCCCCAGGCUGACCCAUUAGGCCAGGGUCAAUAUAAUUGAGUAUAUUGACAGGGUCAGUAUAAUUGGAGCAA